GCCACCAAUAUGGCGGCCUCGAUGGUUCGCCCUGGCCGUAACAUUCGAAGUAGCCGAUUUCGAGCUCGGCGCGAAAGCGGCAGUGAAGAAACAGUGAGGUUGGAUUGGAGUAAAGAUGUGUCGGAAAACGUCAAAGAAAUACUUCGUCACAUUGUACAGCAAAACAAUGUCAGCAAAGGGAAGAAGCUGGGCUACUUGAACUGUUUUGUCAAACUCAUACACAAGUAUGGGAAGGAGAAAGGCCUGGGUCUCAAAAGCAGAGACAUUCUUAUUUGUUUGCGAGUUGGACUUUUGCAUGAAGCUAAGGAAGUACGAGCUGCCACCUUGAGAGUAUUUCGGCACCUGUUGCCGAUCGGUGACAUUCUAGACACUGCCUUGUCUUUACAUCUAGACUAUCUAGUCGCUAGAUCUUUAGACAUAUGUAUGGACAAUGAGAUAGAGCGUGUCCAUGCCAUCAAGUUGAUCCGAAACAUCUGCCAGCUGUCCCCCCAAAAGCUCUGCCCCUCCCUGCUGUAUCCACUUAUAGCUGUCGCCAACGAUGGGGCCAGCGAGCGCGACCGACUGCUGCGAGUAUGUCUUGCUAGUGUGUGUGAAAUAGCUUUCCACAAUACCAGUGUUUUGUACAAAUGUGGUGGAGUGAGUUCAAUUCUCAGGAACAUAUUGGCGUGUCACCAAUACCCUCGCCUCAACGAGUCACUAGUCUGUACUGUGUUGUACCUCCUUAACCAUCCACGCACCCGACACUACAUCAAAGCCAACACCGACCUGGAGCAACUCUUGGCACCUUUCACAGACUGUCAUUUCAAAUACAGCGGAGAAUCGGAACAUUCCCAUCAUGACAGCCAAGAAGCCAGGUUUAGUGCCAGCAGGAUGGCUCUUAUCACUGUCAUCAGGUCAUGGCCAGGUCUGAUUCGCCUGUGUCACCCUGAGGGCUCAGGCCUCCAGUCCCUUAUCGGUAUCUUGUACCUGCCGUUUGCGGAGAUCAGGAAAAGUAUCCUGGAGUUGAUAUUUGACCUGUUUCGGUUGACAUUGCCCCAAUGGACGGAGGACUUUGCUACUGCUCUUGUCAGUGUUGACCCCAGUGAGAUGCAAGAUGGCUGGAGACUGACGGAAGGCUUCGUGGCGGAAGAGGGUCGGACUGUCCUCCCACACAUGGCCAAGACAAGACCCAACCUGGUAGAAAACCAUCUUGCCUUGAUUCUAUGUGCUUGGAUUCAUGCAGGAAUCCUGGAGGCCCUGGUCGAGGUGAUCUGCAGCAGCGAAGGCCCUCUCUUCGUACGAGGAGUGAUUCUAGUCGGAGAACUCUUACAUAUGGCAAACCAGCUACUUCCCACCGAGUGCAGUAACCACAGCCAGUGUCUGCCAACUCUUAUUUCCAUGGCAUCCUCCUUUGAUGUUCCCCUCGCAAAAAGACAUCAGGCUAGUCUAGCUGUCACCUAUCUAAGUCACUUCCACGCCAUGAAGAAACGGGGGGCCGUCCCAUGCAGUCUCUACCUAGAUCAACUCCUGCAGCAUGCGGGCAAGUUUGUGGAGUAUAUAGGACGGCACUGGCAUCUACGACGGGACAAACUAGCUGAGACAUACUUCACCAAGUACCUGUCUGAGGAUCUGCUGUCUCAAGCGGUCAAGGACUCGCAGGUUCUCAUCACCAAGGAGAAUACCAACUGGGACUGGGAUCUUAUAUGUGCUCUGCUCAAGUGGCCAGAUGAAAAGCUGCGGAAAUUAGAUGACCAAAUUCAUAUCAGAUUUGUCAAACGUCUCGUGUUCUUCUACAAACCGACCAAUGAUAUGUUCUCUCGGAUGGAGUUAACCAAUGAAAAUGCUCGUAAACUAUGUGAUAUUGGAUGUCAUCUGAUAGACUUCCUCAUAAAGUCAAAUCAGGAUGAAGCUCAGAAACACAUUACAGAUUGGCUUACUGACAUUGCCCAGUGUCUUGGUGAGCUGUCCACUCAACACUCCGCCCCUGAAGCCGUCCUCUCCCUCACCAGUAUUCACUCCACCCUGAGUCAGUAUUACUUCCUGUUCGUGGGCCGCUUCUCCCUCACACCCAGAGGGGACAGGUACCUGGAGAAAACAGGGGUCUAUCAGAAUCUGCUGGAGCUGGUCAGUCCCCCUACACAAGAGCUGUACAUCAAACUGACCAUCUCGAGUCUCAACUACUCCCGAGACGGCACCGCAAGGACCAUCCUGUCUAAAGCUCUCACGUCGGCUGUAGAGGGUGCCAGAGUGUAUGCUACAAAGCUGCUGCGGGUGUUGUUGAGGACGGGGGUCGCAGGAUUUAGUUCGUGGGGCAUUGAACUUCUCAUCAGUCAGUUGUAUGACCAGUGUCAGGCUGUUGCUAUGGCAGCGAUCAACAUCCUUGAUGAAGCCUGUGAUGUUCAGGCUAACCUGGACUCCCUCGUGAAGUUGCGUCCUACAUUACUCCACCUUGGCCAUCGUGGCGUCAUGGUCCUGUGUCGUUUUCUCUCCACUCAUAAGGGCUUCAAGGCCCUCAUGGAUGCCAACUUCGUCACCAAUGAAUUACAGAGGUGGGAGAAGACGUACAACCUGCGGUAUGUCAAGAUAGUGGAGGAGCAGUUGAAUGAGGCGCUGACCACGUACGAGAAGACGUACCAGGGGCAGUUCACUCGGCGGUCAAUACAGAAACGUCCGAAGAAGGAUGUGUUCCUUCCUGUCCACCUGUAUGGCCAACUGUGUCAGCAUGACGACGGCCUUGACCUGCUGAGGAAAGAGGAGUGUGUGAAGGAAUACAUCCAACACAUCCACAGUCUGGAACUCCUCAACGACCAAGACGUCCUCAAGUUGAAGAUUGCUCUUUGGGCAGUGGGCCAUGUGGGAACUUCAGCAGAUGGGGUGACGUGGCUGGACGAGGAAAAUGUCAUCCCCGAGAUCAUCCGCCUGGCCGAGGAGUGUGGAGUGUUCUCUGUCCGAGGGACUGCAUUCUAUGUACUGGGGUUGUUUGCAUGUACCAGGAAGGGGACGGAGAUUCUGGCCCAGUACGGCUGGGAGUCACUGUGUUUCGUCCGGGGGGACAAGUGGCCGGUGACACUAGAACAGGGCUACUUCCCCCAGACUCUAGGUGAGGCCGGCAGUGUAAGCAAUGUGAGUCUACUUAGUGCUUUCAAGCCAGAAGCCGACCGCAGCCAGGUGUCCACCAACACACAGCUGUCUUUCAUUCAAGAAGAGGGCAAAGGGGAUAUAUCUGAUCAGUCUUUCACUUGUGAUAAGUCAGACACUCAAUCUGUGACAAACAUUCCAACAAGCAUGGAGAAGCUUAAUGGUACGAAUUCAAAUGGACAUUCGCUUGGGAGUAUACCAAAAAGUCGAACUUUGCCUCUUGAAUCAGGGGACUUCAGUAGAUAUCAAAGUAUGCCUGUGAGAUCACUUGCCAACGGACAGCCUCACCCAAUGGUGCGUGUCCGAGCUGCAAGUGAUGACGGUGAUGUGUAUGUGAAAGCAAACAGUUCGUCCAUGGACUCGUCAGUGAUAGAGACAUUUAGUGAGACGUUCAAGGAGAAAGCUAUUAUAGGUGAUAAGUUACUUACAGCGACGACCGACUCCGAGAGGCUGGAAACGGCAAGUGAUCCUGGCCUGCCUGAUAACUGUGAUGAGAAGGCAAAAGAAAAAGAGAUUGUUUUUAAAAUAGGGGGGUCAAAUAUACUCCGUGAUGAUCGCAGUAGUAGUGAGAGCUCCCACAAAAGUAAAAGCCGGACUAGUAGUUUUAACACGGACUCGACAACAAGUGGAGUGAGCUCAUGUGACUCGGGAGCUCUGAUGGGUGGCCUGGGGCUCACUUCUCUAAGUCCGAUUGCAAGUACGUCUUCUCUCAAUACAAUAGCAUCAAGUCAAGUAGCUGGGCAGCCAGAUCCCAAAGAACCAGUCCACCCUUCAUCUGUUCAGCGUCGACUUGCAAAGUUGACCCGAGUUCCUAGUCUGCGGAGACGCUCUGCCGCUCCAGCGCUCGGUAUCUACCCAGCCAGCCAUUCCACCGACCCCUCCACAUUCACAAGCCACAGAGAUGCAGUUGGGUAUGCCACCUUGAGAAUAAUCAAACGAAAACGGACGUACAGCUCUGAAGGUGAAUCCGAUCCAGGUCCUGGGGUGCCUGCCUUUGGUGACGGAUUGAUUAACAGAACAUACAGCACAGAGUCUGAUAGCAGCGUUGACAGCAGUAUCUGGCUCAGCAGUAUACGGAGGAACAUCAGUAGUGCAUCCCUGCCCGACUACGAGGGCCAGCAGUCAAGUCCAUACAACACUCUCAACAAGGCCAUAAUCCAUCCCCACACCUCCACGUCAAGCUUUGUGGGGCUGUGUCUGCCUGUGGAUAUCUACAUGGUGUUUGAGGUUAUUGAGGGUGAGGAUCACCGGUCAUCUGUGUCUCUACAUCGCAGGGACAGCUAUAUCAUGGACAGGGUACAGGAGCGCAAGCUGACCUACAGUGUGCCGCCUCUAAAACCAGAUGUAGACUUGGAGCACUCCGCUGACGUCUGUAUUGUCUGUGUUACCCGCGAGUCACAUAAAUCUAUCUCCCAUGAUGCACUGUCUCAUGAUGAUAUCCCAUCAAUAGACGGGGACGCAGAGCAGAAGAUGGACCUGGCGGCAGGUCAGAGUUCACAGGGGCUGAAGACAGGACGGCCAAGAGUGGAGAGCGUCAACGAUACGUCUUCAGCGACUCCUGGAAGCGUCACCAGCACAAACAGCACAGACUCAGCCUCCAAGAAACUGAGCGAGGAAAGCCCCAAGGGACGUAAUCUGAUCCGGAAGGAGAUCAUGCGACUGGUCAUUAACCUGGGCAGCUCUGUCGGGGCUAAGGGCACUGAGCAGGGGCUCCUCAGCCUGAAGCAGAAGUUCCCAAAAGCCUUCUGCGACAUGUGCUUCUACUCCGAGGUGUGUCAUCUACUGGCGACCUACUCCUUCCGACUGGCCCCGCGGCGCUUCAUUCAGGAGCUGUUUGAUGAGUUGGAUGUGACAAAGCUACUGGAAGAGCCACGUGUACUGCUGGACAUCACGGAGCCUGAGGAAGACGAUGGCUACAAGCGCAUGACACCGAUACACCAGGGAAGUCUCGACACAUUCCCAGAGUCCACUGCAUGACACUGGCACACUUCCUGUUUCCGUACAGUUCACCAUAGACUGGACUAAAUGGUCAAGCCAGCAACAACAUGCCCACCCGAACACAUGGACAUCUGUUGGUGCCGCUAAUACAUGGAGGGGUCACUCUCGCAGCCAUCCUUGGUGACAUUGCUCACUUAUCUCCCUUGGAACCAUGUCAUAGUUCAUGUAUUUACAUGAAACAGUAUGAGAGAUGCAAUCUCAUUUAAAUCAGACCUUAGUUCUCGCAACCGCUAAACAAA